AUGCCGGGUGGUUACCAGUCUGUGCAUCCCAUUGAGGAGGGCAAGUUUGUCAUAAAGCAAGAAGGCAGCCGUUUUGCGGCCUACCUCGUGCCCAGUAACUUGCCAGCAAUGCCCAGCGAUCUCUCCCCCUUUCGCAUGUAUAACGCUGAAGAGGUCAAGAAACACAUGAUGGACAUCCACAACAAAGCCCAGUUGCAAGACUUGUGCGACAAAACGGGUGUCCGUCCUGAACAGAGGACCAAGAAAUCCUCCGUAGCCCAAUGCCUAGCUGAUGAGCUGGUGCGGGAAUUAGACCUUAGCACGGCAAUUGAAGAAGCACAGGCUUUGGAAUCUGCUGGCAAACUGAAGGAAGCGACUGCAGCUUUUGGGGCGGCCUUGGCUAUUCGGGGCGAUGUUCUGCUGAAGGCACUUGCGGCAGUAUGCUUUGUAAAAAACUCGCUGCAGCAGGGCUCGUCCGCAAGAUUGCAUGGAAAAGAACCGGAGGUUUUAUUGCGGGAGAUCUUGGUGGAGGCCAAAGCGGCUCCCACACGCAGUCGGGCCCUGGAGGGACAAGUUCUCCAAACUCUUAGCGAAGUCCUCUUCGCCAAGCCUGAUAAGGAUGCAGCAGCCAUUGACCAUGCCAUGGAAGUUAGGCAAGAAGCCAGGGAGAUGAUUGUUGAAGGGACUGUUGAAGCCCUAGACUGGAAGCGGGCGAAGGCAGAGGAGUUUGCUGCUGCAGCUGCCAAGAAUGAAGCCGACCACCGUCGGUUGGAUGAGAACAUGCUGCUGCAGAGGCUGCGGCAGAUGGGUGCCAGAGAAGAAGAUGCAGACUACAUCAACGAGCUCUUUGAAGCAUGGCACCACCAUGGUGAGAACGGCGAGGAGGAGCUGGAGCUGUCAGUGCAUGAAUUCCUCCAGCGCUUCCUGGAGAUCGCGCGGCGACUUCCAGGGAAGCAGUGCGGCGGCGAGAAGCUGAACGCCUAA